AUGAGAGGUUCAAGUUCCCUUGGACGCAAGAAUUCAACCAAACCUGCAGCUGUCGCCCGCUCCGACACGUUAUCAUCCAGACCUGCCCUAGCCCGUGUACCUUCUAUCCAAACACGAUAUAUGGAGAUGCUGCUGCAUCUAGAUCAAAUCCCCCGUCUAUACAACAUCUUGGCUGGCCUUUUCACCUGGAUUCUCCUGGCUGGCUUUCUCGUCGUUCCCGGCACCUUUACCACUUUCAAACAGUCAAAGGCGUUCCAAGACGCCGACAACGAUAAUGACAACAACGAGGUGGCCCACGCAAUCGUGCAUUCAAUUGCCAAUAUUGGCCUGCUGUGGCUUUCUGGGGCUUUCUGUGCCAUUGGAGCUCUAGGAUGCCUUUGGUUGUGGUUUCGCUGGCGCAAGAACUACGUCUGGCUGAUAAACCGCAUCUUUUUACCAGUUACGAUGAACUCCGUCGCCGGCUUGCUAACAACUCUCGUCAACGUCUAUACAGCCCAGCACGGCGUGUGGAGCGUGACGGCAAAGAUCACUGCUAUCGUGACAGGAUCUUGCGUCGGGGUUGCUGGGCUCCUUUUCGGGUGCUAUAAUUUCUGGAUAUUGCGCAGGGUGCAGAAAGUGCAUGAGCGAGAAAUGGGCCUCAAUGUUCAUCACGAGGACGAGACCCUGGUCGAGAAGGUGAAACGGAAGGCUCAUGAACCUCCAUUGCAGCCCGGCAGCGUGGUCUGA